AUGCGUUUCGCCAUCUCCGUCGUUGCCCUGGCUGCCGCCGUCGCCGCCCAGGUCCAGCCCAUCUCCCAGAUCAGCGAUGGUCAGAUCCAGGCGCCUCCUGCUACUGCCACUGCGCCUGUAGUUUCUGCUCCUGUGGCUUCAUCUGCUGUGGCUUCAUCUGCCCCCGCCGUCUCCACCUCCGCUGCUGAGUAUUCGGUCACGCCCGUCCCCCUGCCCUCCCCUGUCGCUCCCUCUUCAGCACCUGCUGGCGUCAGCUCCGUCCCCGUUGUCGUCCCCACGCUGGUCACUUCGGUCGCUCCCCCUGCCGGCAACACCAGUGUUCCCAUUGCCAGCUCCGCCAAGCCCAGCAGCGGCGCAGCUUCCGGCACCGCCUCCAGCCCUGCCUCCACUGCCUCGUCUGGAGGCGCCAGCGGUACCUCGUCUGGUGUCCCCGAGUCUACCGGCGCUGCUGCGGCCAAGAUGGCCUCCAUCGGCGGUGUCGUCUUCGCUAUGGGCGCUGCCUUGUUCGCAUAA